AUGCCAGCAAUAAGAAGCAUUUUCUCCAACUCCGACGGCCCAAUCCUCGACCCCGGCGACCUAGUCGCAGUCUGGGUAACUGUUAAGAUCCACAAAGACCUCAUUUUCGGAACUCACGCCGACAUAAUGGAGUGGGUCGUUGAACAGAUCCAGAAACGCAAGGUGACGAUCGAAGAUAGCGCGCAGCAUAUGCGUAUGCAUUCUCGAAUCUCAAUCCCUGUUCUGCUCGCCGAUGUGCCCUUGAAUGAUACGGAGGGACAGUAUCGUGGUGCGGAGAUGAUCGCCAGGCGACUUCUGGAGGAAACGAGGGAGGGUAUUAUUACUUUGAAUCUUGAGAGGAUUUUUCCGGUUCUUAAGGAGUAG